AUUGAUUGGCUUUCCGUGAAGUGAUUCACAACACCUCACGAAACGGGACCGUAUAUCAACACCACACCUUGGACAGUUGCCGCACUCACCCUCACUAUCACAUCAUCAUAUUCUCCACGAAGGAGUUGCGAGUAAUAGUUUCGAGGAAAUGAAGUUCAGUCGAUCUUCUCGGAUACUCGGGGCAGCGUUGGCCGUUGGCUCCAUAUGCCUCGCUAUGCCCCAAGAGGUAUCGCAGGACAACCAACAACUAUCAGCACCACGGGUUGGAGAGGUACCAUAUGAGACGUCACCAUACGAAGACACACAAUACAGUGAGACAGCAUACGAAGGCUCGCCGGAAGAACCGUCGCCCUAUGAGCAGCCACGCGAGAAGCCAUCAUACGAAGAGCCACCGUACCAACAGCCACCACGGGAGAAGCUCUCAUAUGGCCACACCCCCUACGGACGAGAUCCAGCAGCCUCCAUCAUAGAGUGGGAAGUCGGCAGCCCAGCUCUUUACGCAGCGCGUUCCGUCGACGACCCAGAUACAUGUCCCAAAGGAACAGGUAUAUAUCUCUCUCUGUCCUCCUUCCCCUGCCCUCUUCACUUCCAAUGCACACCAUCCUACUCUACCCUACCUUCUCAGAAUCAUCAUGCUGACUCACCUUCCUCACAGUAUCCUGCAACCUCCCCCGCAACUGGAACUGCUGCACAAAAUCAAUGCCCUGCUGCGGCCCAGGCUGCUGCGCCCAAGGCUUCGACUGCGUCGACGCCGCCGUGGGGGUCUGCUGCUCCCGCGGCAAGAAGCUUUGCGGCGGAAUGUGUGUGAGCGGAGAGUGUUGCGGUGUUCAGGGCGGGUGU